AUGACAGUGAGCCCGAAAACGGGCGAGUCGUCGAGAGAAUUAUUUGUCGACGAGCGGCUGGCGCUUAAAGAAGCCUUGUAUGCUUUGCUGCUGCAUCUGUUCCCCAACGCAGCCGUUCGUGCUGGGAGUGGUAUAACGGCGGCACCUCGCCUAAACCGGCCACCAGGAGGGGAUGAUGGAUUGAAGUGUCGCGUCAGUCUGCACGUUGGCGCGACUUGGCUCGAACCUGGCUCGUCCACUGCCAUGGCCCCUGAUUCGGCAGAAGCUGCAGAGGCCCUGCUCGUCUCUCCCGACAGUCUGGUACCGAUCCGGUCGAGGGACGCAAGCGGUUGGCGCACCCAGCUCCUCGGGUUCGUGGCGCAAGUAUGCAUCAAUCACGUUACGAGGAAGCACACCACAGACAUGGUCAUGGGUGUGGAUGUGGAUAUGGAUGUGAAUAUGGACACGGAGAUGGGCAUCGAAGCGCAAUGCCACUCCGAAGAGUAUCUGACCUCAUCCGGAUCCACCUGGGUGACUUCUACAUGGGGUAGGAGACCAUCUCGCGGUCAUGGCGAGCCCUGCUGCGGGUGGAACCACCCCCGAAUCCACUUGCCGGUCGGCGGACCAUCAUCGCACCCCGGCCCAAGCGGAAGCGAGAGAGGAAGCGAGAAAGAGAGAAAGGGGGAGAGAGGAAAACAUCGGUCGAGAUGGCCCGGUCUGAGUUCCUCCCUUGGGGCCAUGGAACGCACCCAUGCCACGCCACACCACACCACUCUCAGGCUCUUCCUUUCUCUUAUCAUGAUCACCUUUCUCGCGGCUCGCCUGUGUUGUGGCUACCUACCGAUGAAGAACUUCGGCCAUAACUCGAGAUUUCUUACUAUCUGUAAUCCCGCGGCGGCUGAGCUCUGCCUAACCUUCCUGCCAAAUAAGAAGCUCUCGAAUAGUAGUAGUCAAGCCGUCGGCCCGGUGAGGAGAGACCCUUGCCCUUCGUCGUCUUCGACAGAUCUUGCUCCAGACAGAACACUCGUACAUGAACUCUCCACCACGACUAGAGGGGAUGUUAUCGAAUCGCGGCCUUUAUCAGCCAGCUCCAAGUGCCGUAUAAUCGCGUGCCCCGGUCUUUCGGCGGCUACUGUCUCCUCGUUCAACCUACCUCUCCGUUACGAUCCAUCCCUCAUUACACCCGUCUCCAUGCAUAGCUCCCCAUCAUUGCAUGUGAAGCGUGAUCCUGCCAUGAGAAGUCCUGAUAUCAUGCUGUCCCCUCAAUCACCGUCUUCAAGUCAUAUGGCGAGUUCACAUGACGACUACGACUCAGAAUACAACCCUCCGAUGAAGUACAAAGAGUACUCGGGUCAUAUCUCCUUCUCAACCGUGGACCACUUCUUCCCGCCGGGCUCCCCUCUCGUGUGUUCAUCGCCUUACUACGGAAAUUUUGGUGUCUCUGCCACCCCGUACUCGGCUGGGACAUCCGUCUCGCCCUCAACGUUCAACCCCAGCCCAAACAUGCCUUCAUCGGCGGGAAGUCAAGACUAUCGUAAUGGUCGCUACCAGUCCUGCAACCACACUCCAAUCCCGAGUCACUCGGACUUCACAUACCCAGGCAGCCAAGCCCCGACUCUUAUCGCGCCCAGCCCUUCGAGCCCGCCAGUUCUGAUCACCCCAAACCCAUCUCCUCGCAGAGCUGCGCCCAAGCUGGGCGGAGGAGCGAAGGACCACCACCUGAGUUCCUCGUAUGAGUCCAACACCGCCAAAUACCGGACGUACAAGCCAGAGCAAGGGAAUUUCGUCAGAGAAGGCUCAUCCUCCAAAUCUGCCAAGAGCAGAAAGAAGAGUAGCCCCAAAAGGAAAUCUUCACCAGGGCAGUACGAGGAGCUGGUAGCGUGCCGCGAGCUCACCGAGCAAGAGCGCUUUCUGCUCAAAUGGUCUAUGCGCGACCAGGUUCCGUGGAAGCAGAUCACGGCGAGGUACAACGAGGUCUUCCCGCAGAAAGUAGUCAAGGAGGCGACUCUGCAGAUGCGGAGGAAGAGGUUGGUGGAUCGACUCACGGAGUGGACUGCGACGGAGGAACGAGCUCUGAUCCUCUCCUGCCAAGAGCACAAGUCCGGCCAGUGGCCGCUAAUCGCCAAAGGAAUGCACCGGCACGGCGGCAAGGCGAAGUGGUCGAUCGAAACCUUGCGCAGCAAGUGGACUGAGCUGAUGCAGCAGCAGCAGCACAAUUCAAGGAUAUUCAAGCAGGAGAAUAUCACUAUCCUGCCGCCGCCGCCGCCGCCGCCUGAUUUCCUCCUUCUUCCUCCUGACACGCAGCUGCGUCGCGAGGGGGAGGGGGAGCGAACGUGUGCAUCGUGGUCUGAUGCGGAUCAGCUGGGUGUUGCGGCCAACAUUAAUCACAAUAACAACAAUAACAAUAACAACAACAGUAGUAGUGACGGAAGCAUAUUCAACGACGGAGGGGAUUCCAGGACGUCCCUCGCUGCAGCCUUUUCUGCCGCGUCGAUGGUGGACGGCCCUGCGCGGUAUCCGCGAGCCGGCGGGAGUACCACUACGGCUGGUGGUGGUGGUAGCGCUCAGAUGCAGAUGCAGAGGAGCCAACAACAGUAUCAGGACGCUACGGUCCGCCAGCAGCAACAGCAGCAGCAGCAGCAGCAGAUGUACGAUCAACAGCGCCACCGAGACAACGUACAAGUGCAGCAGGUGCAGCAGGCGUACCAGCGACAGCGGCAGCAGCAGUAG